AUGGAUGUGUACACUAAGGCUCAGGGCAGUCGAAUGAAACCAAGAAUAUCUGUGAAAAAGAGGUUUGGUGAAGGUCUUCUGCAUUCUAUGAAGUCACUGCUACACAGCAGAAAAGAAUUAUGCAAUGUAUCAUCAGAGGAAUACCUAAGUCGGGAAGAACAAGAGAAUUUUAUUGAGAUUACGUUCAUAGGUUUUGCUGAAGAGAUGGGUACUGCUCAUUCGCAGGACUUGGCAGCUGUUUCUGUAGAACUUCCAGAUGCUCUGAAAUCACUCCAGUUGUGUAAACUAAAAGAAAAUGAAGUUAUAUUUCUAAAAGAUGUAACAAAAACAUUGGCAAAACCGCACGUCACGAAACAGAAUCAGCUUCUUGAAGUGUUUUGUGUGAUGAGACUGUCUCCUUCAUUCCCAAGGAUCAAAGUUGAUUAUAUAUUUACCUUGUUGAGCAAGUAUACUACAGGCAUAAGAUACGCAGUGGAAAAAAACUCACCACAAAAACAUCAAACAGAGACAUCCCACGGAGAUGAUGAUGACACUAAUCAGUCAGUUUCUUCUAUUGAGGAUGAUUUUGUCACUGCUUUUGAACACUUAGAUGAGGAUGAGCCUUCAAAGAUACAAGGUGCUGGUGCAAGCAACUUUACUUCUCAAAACCAUCGAGAUGCUUCUUCACAGACCAUUCCUGCUCAAUGCAUAGAAGCUGUCGACUCAAAGAUCCUUGUAGGUUCUGCACGUCGAAAGUCAUCUGCCAGAUCUUCUACUUUGAUUGAUAUGUUAGGACUUAAGGAAUUGUCUUCAGUAAAAAACUCAGUUACGACCUCAAUUUCGGAUCCUUGGAUACAAAGGAGUUUCUAUAAGCCAUAUAAUCCUUCUGAUCAAGGUGUUAAUUUUUUAUGUAAAACAUUGUUUUCUUCCUCUCCAGCUGAAUCCUCUGAGUCCGAUUGCUCCAGCCCAAGCCCUAUCAUCUUCUUAGAUGAGGAAGGGUAUCAAAAAAGCAUGAAGGCAAAACUUCAGCUGCCAAAAAUUCCAGUAGUGAAAGAUGGUAUAGAGGAUUCAGACUCAGAAGUGAGUGAAUUUUUUGAUAGUUUUGAUCGGUUUGAUGAGCUGGAACAAGCCUUGGAAAAAUCUUGUAAAGUUAUUAGGGAUCCCAUCCUAGGGAAUCCCUCCCAGAAAAGGAGGACUGCACAUGAACAAUUGUCAUCUUCAAGCGUUGCAAUGAACCCUCAGAAAUUCAAGUUAGAUCGUCCCAUUCUCCCAGCCAAUGUAAGGAAACCAACUCCUCGUAAACCAGAAUCACCGUAUAGCAGCAUCUUUGAUGUCCCAGAUUCUCCUCGCCCAGUUAGAACAUCAGGGGAAGAGAAUGGAGGCUUGUUCAGCCCUAUUAGAUCAUCGGCUUUCAGUCCCCUAGGGAGCUGUGGUUCUUCUGAAUGUUUAUGUCGAAUUAAUCUCGGUGGAGAUGGGACAGGUCAAAAUCACCGUGAUGCAGUUUAUAAUUAUUCAUCAUAUGCUGACAGAGUUUCGUGUGAAAUACUGGGUUCUGUUUUUCAUUCUGAGUCUUCAUCAGAACAGAUAUGUGCAGGAAAUGGUUCAAAGCACAAGGGAUUUACUUUGAAAGAGAGAAAAGGUCAAGCUGCAGAUCUCCAAAUGAAAACUAGUAAGGAGCCAGAUAAAAAAGCUAAAUCUAAACAUAAGUCAUUAAUGAUUAGAGAUAGCAUUCAAAAAUUUGCAACCGAAUUAGUUGAAAAAAGUUUUGGCAGUGCAUUUAAAGACUUGCAAAAAGGUGUGUCUUCAUGCACCAAUGCACUUUGUCAUUUGGCUGCUAGGUUGACUUCUUCAGUCUUUCAAAUGGCUUUUUAUGAGAUUGGAAGACGUAGAGCAAUCGCCCUGAAGGAACGUGCCAUUAAUGGGAUAGCAAACUUUUUGGUGAGUGAAGCUAUAACUGGGGCUUUGAAAGAGCUGCGGCACGUGCAGAAACAAAUAUUUACCAACACUGUUGCACAGUUUGCAGCAGACCUUGCUGAAGAACUUGUGUUUGAGGGAAUCAUGGAAGUAUGCCAGUUUUCAUAUCCUUCGACACCUACAGCUGCACAGCCUUCAUCAUUUGAUUAUGAAGAUAAAGUGGUAAGAUCCUAUGCCAGAGAUUUGUCUGAGUCUGUCAUUCAAGAGGCUUUUAUUGAACUAUCUCAGGUUGAUGUGACUUUCACAACACAAGCAGCCAUUAGUGUAUCCAUGGACAACAUUAAAUACGUGAGUGCAGAAAGUAUGUUAGAGUCAACACAGACUUCCACAGUUUCUCCUAAUUUUAAUGAUAGGGUAGCACUGAAGCCAAUUCAAGAUUCCAAGAAGGAAUAUACAGUACAGCAAGCUCUCUUUUGCACCUCCGGUGUUGUAAGUUCAAUACCUGUGCCCUUAGCUGGAAGAGCUCUUUGUCAACAUGAAGUUUCCUGUGAUACUUACGAAGCAAAACUAUCCACUGCUGCAAAUUCUGAUGGCAGUAUGAAAGUAUAUGAAGACUCUACCCAUCCAUUUUUCACAAGCAGAAAGAGAGAGGAGGAAAUUAGUUCUUUCAGAAAUAUAUACCUAACUUCAGAUCACAGUCAAAGUAUUGAAAGUACUCCAUCCUUCUUAUUCAAAAAAAAUGAUACCAAACAAACAAAUAACAGAUCUGGAAUGAACAAUAAUUCAGAAUUAACAAGUGAGUCAAAAAGCAUUAGUACUUUCUCUGGAACUAUGGUAGAUAUGGUAGUAAAUGAAGCUUACGAAGCCAUAACUUCAUGUAGAGUAACAAAAGCGGUAGAGGAGUAUACAGAUUGUGUAACAAGAAAAAUAAUAGAUAAAAAACCUUAUGUGCAAUGUAUUGGUCAAGAUUAUCCCAAGGAUAUGUUUGCAGAUCACUUGGUCAAUUAUGUCAUAAGCCAGUCUAUAGAUGAAAGUAAAACUACGUUAUGCAACACUAGUGGGAAUUUACCAUGUAAUGUGGGCUCACAGACUUGUGCAGAUACCUGUGGAAAAGAACAAUGUGUGAUCAAGAAGCAAGAGGCUGAGAAGCAAAGUAAUGUUUCUAUAAUUGUGCAACGACAGAUGCCUUUGAAUAAUCCAUGUAAAUUUCUUCUUACUCCAGGUCAUUCAGUUCAGUGUUUUUCAGAAUCUAAAGAUUGUUGGCAGGAACAAAAAGGACGCAGGUUUUCAUUAAAAUCUCCACCACCUUGUUCCAAUGUGACUUUUGCUGGGCAUCUUACAGAAGACUUGACUGGCACAGGAAGCUGCUCAGUAGCAAACAAGUCCUCGAAAGACCAUGAUACUCAGAAACCCUCAUCAGGACCUUUGUCUUCCAGGCAGGCAGGUUUUCUGCAUGCAAGUAAUGUUUCUUCAGUGAUGUUUGGCAGUGAAGAUGCCUUGCUGGUGGAAGAUAAAUCAGGACUCAAAGAUGGAAAUACCUGUGUAAUGCCUGACACGCCCCCACCAACUCCUUUAGUACCAUGCCAAGGUAGUUCUGAAAGAAACCUUAGAAAACUAUCUAAAAAACUCAAGGGAGAAUUAGCAAAGGAAUUUUCACCAGCAACACCACCUUCUACACCAUACAAUCCAUCCGUUACUGGUUUGUCUGAAACUGAACAUGACUCUUUAGAAAAUGAGGAAUUUAUGUUGAAACUCAUGCGGUCACUUUCUGAAGAAGUGGAAAGUAGCGAAGAUGAAGAUCAUUCUGUAAUGCCCACUGAGAAAGGGGAACAUUCAGAGAAAACAAUUCAGUAUGCAGAUUGCUUAGCUAGCCAUAUAAUUUCAAUAGCGACUGGAAUGGCUGCGUCCCAUUUAGAUGGUAAAACAAAUGAAAGAGAAGCUGAUAGACAGGUUCAGUUAGGUAUACAAAACAAAAGAUGUGGAUAUACUGCAUUUAUAAGUAUCCCAGAAGAGAUGUACAGUCCUGUAUGGAAUUAUGCAGGUGAUAUGGCAGGAAGAGUCAUCAAUGAGGCCAAGAAAAUUGUGAAAUCAAGGCACUGUAAAUUGUGGAGGUUGAAGCGGGCUAACUGUCAGCUGGAGUGUCUUUAUGUGAGAAAAGGUGAUAAUAGCUCAAAAGAACGGUGCGGUCCAGUGCAGGAGCAGUGGCUGGGGGAGAGAGACUCAUCUGUGCUUCCUUUACCACAAAGUUCAAGCCUGACAGGUUUGACUUCCAAAUACCCAAGCUGUGAAAGUGUGACUGAUGAAUAUGCCGAUCAUGUUAUACGUGUUUUGAAAAGAGAAGGUUGCAAUGCUGAACUCUUAAUGGAUCAGUAUGCUAGCAGACUUGCAUACAGGUCUAUCAAAUCAGGCUUACAGCAAGCUGCUAGAAAAACCAAAUUGAGAUACAAUAGAAAGACAUUUUCUGGGCAAAACGCACAGGUGAAUGGUAAGCUGGAGUUGAUCAAACCAGUGAGUAAAGAUGCAGUACAGCAAGUGAAAAGUGGCAUUCAUUGCUAUGAAAACCAAACGUACGGAAGGAGCAUCGGGACACAAAGAUCAGAAUGUGCAGAGUUGUUACACUUCUCAGAAUCCCUGGCUCGCAGUAUCACUUGUGAUGUCAGGAAGAAACUGAAAACAUCGGGAACGUGUUUGCCAAAGUCUCUAACAGAUUCCUGUCUAUAUAAAAAGACUGAGUUUGAUGAAGGCACGGGGGACCUUCUUAAAACAAGAUUUUCUAGGACAGUUCUUCCUUUCUCCCCAGAUCAUAAACUGUAUCAUAGUACAGGCAGUUUAAACGAGAGUGGCUACAGUGAAGGCAUAAUUCAAGCUAUAGAACAAUAUGCUAGGAAAGUGGCAGAUGAUACUCUAGAAAUGGGUUUAGAAUCGGCUGUUCUCCAUGUGGCUGAAAACAGGAAAAAUGGGGAUAGACUCUCAUAUGCUGAGAAACUGUCUCCUUUUUCUGGAACUGUCUGUAGAUGCUGCAGUAUGAAGGAACAUCGGUACUGUACAGAAACUACAUCUCAUUAUCUACCCGCACAAGAAUCCUCCAUUCCAGUGAGGCGUGUUCUGCAUUCUGGAUUGAAUGGUGCCUGUCAAAAAUCAAGAAUGUUUCAGCUAGAUAUUCCUAAGAUUCACGUGGAUGUAGAACAGAAGACGAUGUUUUCUGAGAAGGGGGCCACCGCAGCUGUGGAGAAAGCAGGAGAGCUCAGUUACGCAAGUCUGACAGCUGACAGUGGUAUUGGACAAGAAGGAGUCAGCUUUGCUGAAAGCCUUACUACUGAAAUAAUGACAUCAGCUAUGACUAAUAUUGGUCAGGCAGUUAACAUGAGCUCGGCUGGAAGAGAAGGAUUUCACUCUGUGGAAUCUAUUGUUAGCCAGCAGAUGAGUCUUAGUAUUGGUGAUGAUAGCACUGGGAGUUGGUCCAAUCUGAGUUUUGAAGAUGAGCAUCCUGAUGAGAGCAGCAGUUUUCUUCACCUCAGUGACAGUUCAGCUGUGUUCUCUUCUUCUCCUGGCAGUAAUGGUAACAGCAGUAGCUGGAGCAGUCUUGGUUUAGAAGGGGAUAUGUAUGAGGAGAAUUUAUCCUUUCCAACAUCAGACAGUGAUGGAACGGAAGAUAAAGAUGAAGACUCCAAAGGAGCUCUAGAAGGUUUGGAGCAAAUGCGGAAGACUUUAGCAAUAGUGAAUGUUGAUCUGGAACCAAAUCUAGUGGACCCCCAGCUCAGAGCAGUUCUCCAGUGGCUAGCAGCUUCUGAAACAGAGGUGUCUGAUCUUCGCUUUCAUGACACUGCUACAAGGGAUUUUGUUUUUCUUUCCAGAAGAUUGCAAGAAAGAGAUUGGAAAGUCGGAGAUCUCUUGCAAGCAGUGCUGAAAUAUUGUGAAAUGAUAGAGAAGGCAUCUGAUGGAGAGCAAGUUCUAAAUAAGUCCUUGGUUGGUUGGCUUCUGGAAAAUAUCUGAAAAAUCCAAAGAUGCAACACCCUUCACUUCAUUCCACUUGAGAAAGGAGAUAGAGAGAACACAGAUACGUAAAGUAAAAUUCAGCUAAUGAGUGUUCAAGUAAUUGUCAGCAUUUCAAAGACUUUGAGGUGAAAGUCAAAUUA